CCACGGUAGGCCCCGCGCGCGGCGUGGAUCGCGGCCCAAGCCGCCAUUGUUCCGCCGAGGGAGGACAGCGGGGCCUGGCGCUGGCGCCUAGACGCCGCUUAGCGGCCGCCACUGGAGACACUCCCUCCCGCCUCCCGGGUCUCCUGGCGGCGGCGGAGUGAGGCUGACAGCGGGGAACCUGGGAGACCCCUCCGCCCUCCCCGCGGUGGCAGCGGCCGAUCCCCGGCUCCAGCGCGAGGGACGGCCGCGAUGCGCUCGGCCUGAGGCUACCCGGCCCGGCCCUUCCUCGCUUCCCUUGACUAUUCCACGGCGUCUCCGCGCCCCGGCGUCAUCCUGCGAGUCCCUCUGACGGGAGGGAAGAUGGCUGCACGGAGCUGGCAGGACGAGCUGGCCCAGCAGGCCGAGGAGGGCUCGGCCCGGCUGCGGGAAAUGCUCUCGGUCGGCCUAGGCUUUCUGCGCACCGAGCUGGGCCUCGACCUGGGGCUGGAGCCGAAACGGUACCCUGGCUGGGUGAUCCUGGUGGGCACGGGCGCGCUCGGGCUGCUGCUGCUGUUUCUGCUGGGCUACGGCUGGGCCGCGGCUUGCGCCGGCGCCCGCAAAAAGCGGAGGAGCCCGCCCCGCAAGCGGGAGGAGGCGGCGGCUGCGCCGGCUGCGGCCCCCGACGACCUGGCCUUACUGAAGAAUCUCCGGAGCGAGGAACAGAAGAAGAAGAACCGGAAGAAACUGUCCGAGAAGCCCAAACCAAAUGGGCGGACUGUUGAAUUGGCUGAGGGUGAAGCUGUUCGAACACCUCAAAGUGUAACAGCAAAGCAGCCACCAGAGAUUGACAAGAAAAAUGAAAAGUCAAAGAAAAAUAAGAAGAAAUCAAAGUCAGAUGCUAAAGCAGUGCAAAACAGUUCACGCCAUGAUGGAAAGGAAGUUGAUGAAGGAGCCUGGGAAACUAAAAUUAGUCACAGAGAGAAACGACAGCAACGUAAACGUGAUAAGGUGCUGACUGAUUCUGGUUCAUUGGAUUCAACUAUCCCUGGGAUAGAAAAUACCAUCACAGUUACCACCGAGCAACUUACAACCGCAUCAUUUCCUGUUGGUUCCAAGAAGAAUAAAGGUGAUUCUCAUCUAAAUGUUCAAGUUAGCAACUUUAAAUCUGGAAAAGGAGAUUCUACACUUCAGGUUUCUUCAGGAUUGAAUGAAAACCUCACUGUCAAUGGAGGAGGCUGGAAUGAAAAGUCUGUAAAACUCUCCUCACAGAUCAGUGCAGGUGAGGAGAAGUGGAACUCCGUUCCACCUGCUUCUGCAGGAAAGAGGAAAACUGAGCCAUCUGCCUGGAGUCAAGACACUGGAGAUGCUAAUGCGAACGGAAAAGACUGGGGAAGGAGUUGGAGUGACCGUUCAAUAUUUUCUGGCAUUGCUGCUUGGUCUAGUGUGGAUAGGGGAAUGAAUACCUCUGAACAGAAUUCUGCUUCUUUUGCAUCUCUCACACUUAACUCUGCUGUUUCUGGGUCUACUGCUGAGCCAGUUUCUCAGUCUACCACUUCUGAUUAUCAGUGGGAUGUUAGCCGUAAUCAACCCUAUAUCGAUGAUGAAUGGUCUGGGUUAAAUGGUCUGUCUUCUGCUGAUCCCAACUCUGAUUGGAAUGCACCAGCAGAAGAGUGGGGCAAUUGGGUAGACGAAGAAAGAGCUUCACUUCUAAAGUCCCAGGAACCAAUUCCUGAUGAUCAAAAGGUCUCAGAUGAUGAUAAAGAAAAGGGAGAGGGAGCUCUUCCAACUGGGAAAUCCAAAAAGAAAAAAAAGAAAAAGAAGAAGCAAGGUGAAGAUAACUCUCACGCACAGGACACAGAAGAAUUAGAAAAAGAGAUUAGAGAAGAGCUUCCAGUGAAUACCUCUAAAACCCGUCCAAAACAGGAGAAAGCUUUUUCCUUGAAGACCAUAAGCACUAGUGAUCCAGCCGAAGUACUCAUCAAAAAUAGCCAGCCUAUCAAGACUCUUCCACCUGCUACUUCUACCGAGCCAUCUGUUAUCUUAUCAAAAAGUGAUUCUGACAAGAGCUCCUCCCAAGUGCCGCCAACUCUACAAGAGACAGAUAAAUCCAAGUCAAAUACCAAGCAAAAUAGUGUGCCUCCUUCACAGACCAAGUCUGAAACUAGCUGGGAAUCUCCCAAACAAAUAAAAAAGAAGAAAAAAGCCAGACGAGAAACGUGAAAUUUUUUUUCCUGAAUUGGACAUGUGUUUGCAAACACUGUCUUGAAGAUUAUGCUGUUUAUGCAAUAAUUUGUGAACAUGUACAGAGUUUUAUAUAAAUUUAAACCAAUUUUUAAAACAAAACUGCGGACACAACCACCAUAAAAAUGGAAUCAAAAGAAAGUUAAUUUAUGAAAUUAAGAGGUCAGCAGAAUAUACUCAGUGAUGGAAGACACUUGGGAAAGUCUUUUUAAUUGAACAAGAACGAUCUUAAUUUAAGAAUAUUAUCUUGGUUUUACAGCAGUGCCCUGUUUACAACAGAUUGUGCCCUAUCUCAUCUGCAGCCGAGGAAUAAAGGAUUCUGAUUAGAAAGAGGGUUGCCUACAAAUUAGUAAGCAAUUCCUUGGAUCUUAUGCACAGAACUUGUACCAUUUGAAUCUGUUUUAUGCUUAAAUCAAAGUGCUUUGAUCAAAUACAUAACCUGCCAUAUCUUUACAUAUUUGUUGGUAGCAAUUUGUAUUAAAGAAAUCACAAGUGCAAAUAAAAAGUCAUUUAUCAUUUGUUUAACUAAACUGUCAUGGUUUAGUUUACAAUUUUUAAAAGUUCUUAAAAUACCGAAAAUGCAGUUGACACUUGUAUGGCUUAUGAAGUUAUUUUUGAUAGUCUUACAUUACUUGAAUUGUUCAAAGUACAGUAUAUUUUAAAUUAAGAAAAGUGAACUAUAUGUAUUUGUUUUAUACAUUUAAGGCUUAGACUCAUAAAUAAUGCUAUUGUUUAUGAUUUGAAAACUUUCAGGCAAAAUCCAAUUUACAUUUUUCCUUUCCCUAGCAAUUACUUUUUUCCAGCUUCAACACUUCUUAGUUACUAAUACUUUUUUGACUUUAAAAAUGAAAUCAUUCACAAACUUUUGGUAUAUGAUGGAGAAUGAAAAACUAGAGUCAGACAGCUUUAAUUGACAUUGUCAAGACCUCCAGUUAUCAGGAAUACAUUUUUUUACUGCCUUAACCUGUAGUGCGUAGAAUAUGCAUCAAUUUCUUGAAGGGGAUUCAUGUUUUUAUAAGAAUUUUCAUGUAAUUAUUGCAAUUGUGGUCAAAUAAGGAACGUUUCCUGCUUGAAAUUAUAUUGAUUUAAAUGAUGUGUGAAAUGUUUCACCAUUUUCAGGCACUGUGUAAUUCUAUUGUAAUAAACUGGCAGGUAUCUUUGUAACUAUAAAUAGUGCAUGCUCAGCCAUGUACACUGUAAAUAGCCUUUACCAAACGUGUUUGACAAGGACCAUAAUUAACAUCACUUAGUGAAUUGUGAUAAAGAAAAACAAGCCAUGAUUUAUUCGAUGUGAUUGGCUUAAUUGUUUUUAUGUGGCGCCAAGAAUGAACCUGUUUAACAGCUGUAACCAAUGGUACUGAUCUGUCCAUCCAAUGUUGUCAUUAUAUUUGAUUGUGGUUCAAUAGUAUUGCAUUGUCAGACUAGGAAAGCUAAACAAACAAAAUGGUUUUAGUUUUGCUGAAGACUGGCCUUAUUAAUGGACAGCUUUCCUAACAAGAGAUUAUUAACUUUUAUCAGGUGUUAACAUCUGUUUCAGGAACAUGGCAGUAUGUUUACAUGUCAGAAGUUUUGUUUAAUUCUAUGGUAUUUCUAAAUUGACUUGUUUAAAUAAAUUCAGCAAAUGGAUAGCAUUGUUUUUUAUUUGCUUCAAUAUGGGGGUAGGUAAUAGCUAAAGUGCCAAGGAUGGAUUUCUUCAAAUGACUUUAUUCUGUUAGCUUUACAUAGGUGUUGGAGGAUUCCGAAGGUGUCAGCACUUUGUAAAGGUACCACAAAGGAGAAUUUGAUAGGGAAUCUAAUUUUAGAAUGUGCCAAAUGGUCUGUGCUCAACAAUAUAAUUGAACUCUCUCAACUCUACCUCACCAUUUCUUUAUCUUAAAAUUCUGUUGGCUAUGUCAAACGUUGGACUUUAUUUUUUCAGCCUAGUAUCUCCCCAUUCUACCACCUAUGCCAGAUGUUAAAGACACCAGAUGUUUUGAGGAGAAAGGUGUUGUGGAGAUGCAGAGAUGCACUGCUAACUUGAGGUGGAUCCAGUAUAGAGAUACCUCUAUGUAUUCUUUCUGGCUCAAGAGCUAGGACUUGGGUUUUGUUUUAAGAGAUGGCAGCUGACUGGGUGCAAUGGCUCACAUCUGUAGUCCCAGCACUUUGGGAGGCCAAGGCAGGUGGAUCACGAGGUCAGGAGUUCAAGACUAGCCUGGCCAAGAGGGUGAAACCCCAUCUCUACUAAAAAUACAAAAAAAAUUAGCUGGGCAUGGUGGUGGGCCCCUGUAAUCCCAGCUAUUCAGGAGGCUAAGGCAGAGAAUCAUUUGAACCCAGGAGGCAGAGGUUGCAAAGCCAAGAUCGUGCCCCACUGCACUCCAGCCUGGGCAACAGAGCAAGACUCCGUCUCAAAAAAGAUGGCAGCUAUAUAAAUGAUAAACUUAAUUACAUUCUCUUUCACAUGCAUGAGGUGCAAACUCUGUCACAAAGUAUUUUAAUUACCCUUUACCUUGUUUCAUAGAUCUUUAUGUGACAUAAAAACUGUUUCUGGGCCAGGCGCAGUGGUUCACGCCUGUAAUCCUAACACUUUGGGAGGCCGAGGCAGGUGGAUCACCUGAGGUCAGGAGUUUGAGACUAGCCUGGCCAAUAUGGUGAAACCCCAUCUCUAAUAAAAAUGCAAAAAUUAGAUGGGCAUGGUAGCGGGUGCCUGUAAUCCCACCUACUCGGGAGGCUGAGGCAGAGAAUCGCUUGAAUCCAGGGCGGUGGUGGAGGUUGCAGUGAGCCGAGAUCGUGCCACUGCACUCCAGCAUAAAAGACAGCGAGACUCGGUCUCAAGAAAAAAAAAAAAAAAAAAACAGUUUCUGGCACCUGAACAGGAACUAGUUUCCAUCAUCAACUCAGAAAGCACUAAAAUCUAGGUGGUGAUUCAGGGAGGAGCAGGGGAAGAGAGCCUAUUCUAUGGCGGCAUGAAUAAGAUGCUUCCAGAACUAGUAGGGAAGUAAGUAACCUCUUCAGGCUUUAUCAGGACUGGAGGGGAACCUUGCUCAUGUUAGCAAGCAAGGUGUCCUAGAGAAGCCACUCAAAAGGCUCCCUAAUCCAGCCUGUCUCCACAUACAUACUGAAAAUUCUUCCCUACUCUGAGGCAGGGUGUAGUGGUUUAGGGGUUUCUCCAGACUGGAAUCCUACCUAUCUGCACCCACAAUUGAGCAAAACAACAGUUGAGAGAGUCCAAAAAAAAAAAAGUAUUAAAAUGUGAUUGAUGUAAUUUACCAUGUUUACUUUGUGCAUGCAUUUUAUUGGGGAGGGGAAGUCAGAAUAAUUCACCCAAAUCUAAUGGUCUUAUUUCAUAGGCUAAUCUGGUUUAUAUUUGCAUUACAGAUACUGGAGGGCAAUAUUUAACUACAGAGUUUAGUUUUUCUUAAUUAAAAACAGUCCUCUAUUAAUAUAGUGUGAAAUAUCUUUCAAAAUGUAGAGUUUAGGUUUAAGAUGUCUACUAGAUAUCUUACGAUUUUCCUGUAAACUCAUUGCACAAACUGGAAUUACUUUCCAAAAGACUUAGGGAAUGCAAAUAUGUUAUUUGUAAGAUGCAUUGAGUAUUGUAAAUAAAACAAACCGUUUUUGAUUUGUUUAAA